UCGAACAGAUCAAUGAAUUUGUUAAUAACAACGGCAAUAAAUUAUUUAUUUUACAGUUUUAAGUGUUACUUUGUGCUCGCAUGAAUAAAACAAACAUUGAGAAAAACAAGAGUGUGAAAAUUUGAAUUAACGAGAAUCAUUUGUGUUAAAUAUACCAACGUCGACUGGCAUUGAAGUGAAUCGAAACGACCGUUUCGCGUAACUAAAAUUUUGUAUGAGAAGAAUAAAUUCAGUAUUCGUUCAUUACAUAGGGAAAUCAAGGGCUAAUAUGGUGAAAGGAAGACAAAAACGUGUACAAGCAAAAAAUACAGUUUCUACAAGAGCUACUGUUUCACCCAUACAAUGUGAUAUAAAUUUACCGAUGAAGAAAGAGACCAAGCUAAAUGAUAAUAAAAAUGUAAAACAUUUUAAUUCGGAUGAAUUCCAUUCAGUAUCUGAAACACAUAAAUCAUCUAUCUGCAUAAGUUCUUUUUUUUAUACACAAAUUAAAGAUGUUUCUACAAAUAAGACUUCUAUAGUACCUAUUGAAGAAAGGUUUUAUAGAAGUGAAGAAACUAAUGAUAUACAAAAUGAUAUCCUCACUGAUGUUGGCCACUUCAGAACAGAUGAAACCCCUGUAGCAGUACCUAUUCAUGGUCCAUCAACUCCGCACAGAAUUAACAUGCCUAACAACCAAUUAGAAGAUCUAGAUGAAAGAAAUCUAAAUAAUGAAAAGCACAAGAAACCUGUAAUAACUCCAGCAAUUAAUUUGGAACAUCAACCAUUAAAAAAACCUGCUAAUCGUGGUCGUAGAAAAUUAUACAGCAAUCAGUCUGCUACAAAUCGUUCGACAGAUUCUUCAAAUAUCAAAAGUACAAAUCACAAACUUACUGACUACUUUCCAGUUCGCCGCAGUGUAAGAAAAUCUAAAAAAGUUGUAUUAGAAGAGAAACAACGUGAUAUGGAAAAUAAAGUACUUUGUCAAGUAGAAGAAGGUUUAGAGGUAAGACAUUUUGCUGGUAAAGGACGAGGGGUAAUAACAACGCGAAAUUUUAUGAAAGGGGAAUUUGUAGUAGAAUAUAUUGGUGAACUAAUUGAUCAAGUGACAGCAAAAAAACGAGAAAAAAUAUACGCCCAAGACCAGAACACUGGAUGUUAUAUGUAUUAUUUUCAACAUCGUAAUCAUCAGUAUUGUGUCGAUGCAACAGCAGAGACUGAUAAGUUAGGUAGAUUAGUAAAUCAUUCAAGAAACGGUAAUUUAACUGCACGAGUCGUAGAAGUAGGGUCGACGCCUCAUCUGGUACUUACAGCAAAGGAAAAUAUACCCAUUGGAGUGGAAGUAACAUAUGACUAUGGAGAUCGAAGUCGCGAAGCUAUUCGUCAUCAUCCAUGGUUGGCAUUAUAGCGGUUUCAAUUAAUUAGUUACAUUGU